ACUUACACCAUUUACACGUUUGAUUUUCCACCCAGAUGAUGAUUCUUUACUUGACUAUCUGAAUGAAAUUGGUAAAAAUAUAGAACUGAAAUGGUAUGCUCCAAUCAUCCCAAUGGUUCUUGUUAAUGGUGCAGAAGGGAUAGGGACAGGUUGGAGUACUAGCAUUCUCAACUUUAAUCCAAAAGAUAUCAUUCAAAAUUUAAAAAGAAAGAUCAGAGGAGAAAAAAUGAAAGUCUAUCUUGAAGUAGAAUUAAGUUCUGAACAAAUGCAAAAUGCUGAAGAU